AUGGCUUGCAUGGAUAGUGUGAAUCUUUUUCCCCCAUUGGCACUGGGAGAGGUCUCGAGCGCUCGGGAGUGGUUUCGAGCGCUUGUGAUUCGUUGUAGCUUUGUGGUGCGUGAGGAGAUGCAGGUUGAUGGAGUCGAGCAGAUGAGGGAAACGGAGAAAUCGUUGAUUUUGUUUUGUAAAUACAAUGGAUUGUGUGUUGGAAUAAAGUUGUCUCGGUCGUCGAGAAUUGGAGAUUUUAUGAAGAUAUUGUGUGGCAAGUUUAGUGAGUUGAGAAGACACUCAUUGCAACUCUUUUAUGCUAUACGUGAUCAUGCUAGUACCAUGUUAUAUAAUGAUGAAGAUUUGGAGGUGAUGUUUGCUGUAGCUGAUAGUAUUGGAUUGAAUUACAUUGAAGUUACAGUAGUAGAUAGUCGUGGUUUUGAUAGUGGUAUUAGUGGGUGUGGUGUUGAUGUUGGUGCUAAUAGUAGUGGGGUUUUCGAUAGUGGUGGUGCUAGCACUAGUAAGGGCAUUUGUUUCAGUGGGCAAGGGUUAGUCGACUGUCGGUUGGAAUCAAUGGAAUAUGUAGGUAAAGAAGAUGAUUUGGGAGCUAUGUUUUGCCCACAUCAGCAUCGGCCAAGGUUGUCCGACCCGUGGAAAGAGCUUAUUAAAAGUGUUGGUCAGUUGUUUGUCGGGGGUUCGGAAGGUUUUCGUGAUGCAUUGCGGAAAUAUUCAAUUGUUCAUUCUUUUGAGUUUGACUUUGUAAAGAAUGAAACAGAGAGAGUGACUGCAGUUUGUAAGGUAAAAUCUUGCAAGUGGAAUAUCCAUGCUAGACUUGACAAGGAGUAUUAUGGGGUGGAUGUGUCAUAUAAUCGUGCUUGGUUAGCUGUCCAGAAAGCCAAGUCAAGUGCAUUUGGAGAUUAUUCAGAUUCUUUUAAUCAACUUCAAUGGUAUUGUAAUGUUGUUCUGAAUUCGGAUCCUAGAAGUGUUUUUGAUGUUGAGUGGGAUCAAAACACAAAUCGUUGUUUGAGGUUGUUUGUAGCAUUUGAUGCAUGUGUACAAGGAUUUAAGCACUGCAGGCCUGUUUUAUCCGUUGACGCAACGUUCUUGAAGGCAAGGCAUAUGGGAUGCUUGAUGUCUGCUUCAGCUAAAGAUGGUAAUGCAGGUCUAUUUCCAUUGUGCUUUGGUGUGGUUGAUUCUGAGAAUAAUGAUAAUUGGCUUUGGUUUGUGGAGAAGUUGCAUGGUAUUUUGGAUGAAGAGAGAAGGGUUUUUGAUUUUAUAUCUGACCGUCACAGAGGAAUAAAAGAGGGUAUUGCUAAGGUGUUUCCUUCAAGCUUUCAUGCUUACUAUCUCUAUCAUUUGAAGGGUAACUUGCGUACUGCUUUGGCGUCCACAAAUGUCAAGUAUAAAGAGAGUUUGAUCAGAGUGUUUUCAAAAUGUGCUUAUGCUCCCACUGUGGCAAAGUUUAAUUAG